AUGGCCGCCUCCUCCUCCGCAUCCUUCCUCCUCCUCCUCCCCUCCUCCUCCUCCACUAGAGUCCUGCUCCCCAACGCCGCGCCCCGUUUCCCAGCGCGGGCCGCCUCCUCCUCCGCGGCGCUUCCGUCGCUGUCUCUUGCCGCCUCCGCCAAGCCGUUGUCCGUCGUCUCCAGCACGAGGAGCCUCGGCCAGGCACUCGUCCCGCACGUAUCUGCUUCGCCGAGAGUGGACACCGAGGAGGAGGCGUUCACGGGCCAGAGGGAGGACGACGAGCCGAGGUUCCCGGCCGAGUUGAAGCUCUUCGUCGGGAACCUCCCCUUCAGCGUCGACAGCGCGCAGCUUGCCCAGACCUUCUCUCGUGCUGGAACCGUCGAGAUGGUGGAGGUGCGUGCGGCGAAGGGAAAAACCUUUCCGUAUCAGUUUGUUCUUCUUUGAACUUUGCUCCUCAUCUGCUUACCCCCUCUCUCCUUUGUGGCUCCUCCACCAGGUUAUCUACGACAAAUUGACGGGGAAGAGCCGGGGUUUUGGGUUCGUGACCAUGUCCACCGUCGAGGAGGUUGAAGCUGCCGUUGAUUUGUUCAGCGGCUACGUGAGUCUCUCCGCUCUCUCUUCCCUCGCCCCUCCUUACUAUGCCAAGCUCUGCCUAUUUUCCAUUUAAUUCGCCAUCUUGCUACCAUUCCACUUUCACUAUGCUGCGUUCACCGACUCGUCUUGAUCAUGCAGGAGCGAAUUAAAUUCCCAUGGUUUCUAUUUCUCAUUCCAGUAAAGUUUUUAUUUUUUCUCUCAAUGAUAUGCUACCAUUUAUCAUCUUCUCCCUCGUUCAUCUACUCGCACUAGAAUUCAUCUCCCAAUGUAAUUGCCCAUAUAAAUUUUUCUUGUUCUCAUUCAAAGGAGAAUUUUUGGUUUUCUGCGCAUUCUCUGUCUAUUGUUGCCUUGGCCUUCUGCAUUUUCUGCUUUCAAGCAUUACCCAUCAAUUGCAGCCCUUCUGCCGCAUCAUUUGGCUGCGGACGAAGUCUAGAUUCCAUUGCCCACGCCCGGUUCUUCAACGGGCCGAGGCCGAGGGUUUGAUAGGGUCUAGAUAAGUCCAAAGGCUAUUGUUCUUGCACGGUUUCCGGAGCAGCCAAUAUUUGGUCAUUGAUUAUCUUCAGCCACUUCCCUCGCCGUCAUGAUUUCACGAUGAAUUGAACCCUUCUCACAGGAGAUUCAGGGAAGGCCGCUGAGGGUGAACUCCGGGCCGCCUCCGAGCAGAGACGGGCCCCCUCCGAGGAGGUUCAGAAAUGGGUCCGAGUCUGACUCGACGAACCGGGUCUACGUGGGCAACCUCUCCUGGAGCGUCGAUGACCAAGGCCUCCAGUCCUUCUUCAGCGAGGUAGGGAGCGUCGUGGACGCAAGGGUGGUGAUCGACAGGGAGACUGGCCGGUCGAAGGGCUUCGGCUUCGUCACCUUCAGCUCCACCAACGAGGCCGACUCCGCUAUUUCUUCAUUUAAUGGAGCAGUAAGUGGAUCGCCUCGCUCUCUCUCUCUCUCUCUCUCUCUCUCUAGCUCUAGGUGUGCACUUAUAUAUAUUCAUUGUUAAGCUAAAAUAUAGGUUAAUCAGCAUGUAUUUCUUUGAGGGUUCAUCAUCGAUCCUCGGAUUCGCGUUUCUGUCAUCUCGUGCAGGAGCUUGACGGCCGGGCGAUCCGGGUCACCAUUGCGGAAGCGAGGCAAAGGCGCCAGUUUUGA